AUGGCUGGGAUCGAGUCGCUGAAGGAUGUGGCAUUGCGCCCAUGGCCAGCGAAUAAGACAGACGAAUUUGGCAAAGAUGUCAUAUUACCACAAAUCGAGCAGCUCGCGCGAGAGCGCGGCCACUUGCGCAACAUCACAGAGCAGUCGCUGCAGGCUGACAUUGAGGCCGGCAAAGAUGUCCUCGAUAACGCGAAAGAGGACUCGGAGACCGAGGACGAUGAGAAGGAGCCCCGCACCCUGGAUGAGAGGAAGAAGGAGAUAGCUGAGAUGCAGAUGGAGAUGGCGAGCCACCUAGACUGGGCCAGGUUUGCAGCCACCAAUGCGCUCGAUCUCAUUUCACUCGUACUUUCCACCGACCCCAACAAGCGUGCGCCCACGUCCUUCAGCCAUACGUUCCGCGAGGCUGGUCUGAACCAAGGGCUGCCAUUCGGAUCUGUGGGUGUUGCUAGGGAGAACCAUGAAUAUGACGAGCUGAAACCCCCGGAAAGGUCUCGGAGAGAAGAAUAUCAAAAGAGACAAGAGCUUGUAGCCAAGGCUGCCAGGAUGGAAGCGCUCGAUAAUGCGACGGACGAGAUCCUGAAGGCGGCAAAGAACCUAGAGAAGGAAGUUCGCAGAGAGACAAAAUACUGGCAGGAGAUCGUGUCCAUCUCGAAUAAGGGCUGGCCAAUUCACCGCAUGGGCAAUGCCCGCCAUGCGCCGUUCGGUGUGCGUUUUGGGGCCCCCGAAGCAAGCGGGCAGUUCAAAACUCGCGGCUCAGCUCCUCUACGUAUGGACAAAGACGGCAGCAUUAUCCUCGAUCCGAAUCUUGCUUUGAAACCGAAGACUCUGCGUGUGAGGAUCAGCGAGGGUGGGAAGAUCACCGGGUCAUCCCAGCUUCCCGUAGAGAGCUUGGUAGAAGGUCUUGCGGUGGAGAAAUCGGUACGGCUUGCAAGAGAUUCGCUGCUCGAAGAGGAACUGUACCACGAGAUGAGCUUGGAGACACGGCAGCUGCUACCAUACGGUGUUCGCCUGCGAGACAACGUCAUAUCCGUGGAUGCGCCAGGGGCGAACACCUCAGUCUCACGACAACUCCUCAUCGAUUGUAUACCUCGGGACGACAGAGCUGCUGAUGGGCAGGGGCAUGCAAAUGACUGGCUUGCACACAACAUUGCAGAAGCCUUGCGUCUUUUGUUGACACAUGAGCACAACAUGCGAUUGUACCGCAGGACCCAGCUUCCGCCUGCGUUGACAGCACGAAAGCAAGAGCAGAAGUCACCGCCGCUUCUACGCACCUUGCUUGCCAUGUUAUACCAUCUACAGCAUGUGGACUCCUUGUUUGCUUACCUUAUCACUGUCUGCCGCACGCUGAAAAGUGCUGGUCUUGAAGCUCCGUUGGAAACAGACCGCGAGGAGUCAUGGAUCAAACUCCGCGACAGCCUCGCGAAGCCUACCAGGAGAGAUCUCUCAGCAACUGAUCAGCUCCUGGAAAUUUUCUCCAAGCCGUUCACAGGCAAAGCUACCUUGACUCUGCCGUCACACCCAGGCUCGCAAACCGAGCAGCUCACCAUCGCAAUACGCACCGUCAUCGGCGCACCUACUUUUGGCACCGAGUACAAACUUACGCUCCCGGCAGCUCUCGCAACAGAUCUCGGCCUCUCUACGGAGAACAGAUUCCAGUCUACCGUCGACGUCACGUCCUACCUCGACUGGAUUCUGUCGUUGCAUAUAGCGCACCGAGUGCUCAAGUACGAGUACGCGAACCGUGCAUCUGUCAAUGGAAACGAGGCUAGAGUGACAAUUGCAAGUAAGGGCGGCAAGAAGGGGACGUCUGCCAAGCAGGACAUCGCGCUCGAGUUGAAAGAAGGGUCGCUGUCAGUACACUUGACGAACAGCAGUUCGCAGGAGCCAUCACAAGAAUCGCACUCAUGGUCUGGCAAUGAGGGCGGUUUGUCGCUCAAGGAGCAGGUCAAGAGCUGGCUCGGGUGA